UUAAUCAUCUUAGGCUUCUAACGAAGUUUUCAAAAUUUUGUUAAGGACUAAACAGAAAAUUAUGGCAUCCACUGUCAAAUUCAUGUGCAAUAUUCUUAAAAAUACUCUUCUAGGCAGCGAUGAUAAGUAUCAGAAGCUAUCUGAUAUAAGUAGAAUGAAAAUAUCUGAAGAUGGUGAAAGCAAAAAAGUUAAGGGCACAGUUGUUUUGAUGAAGAGGAAUUUCUUUGAUUUACACGAUGUGAAGGCAUCUAUUGUCGAUCGAGUUGAUGAAAUACUUGGACAUAAGGUCUAUUUGCAGCUCAUCAGUGCUGUCCAGGCUGACCCUACAGCUAAUGAGUAUAGAGGAAAACUUGGAAAGCCAGCGUACCUGGAGAAUUGGGCAACCAGUAUCACACCUUUGAGUGCAUCUGAUGCUACAUUUGGUGUCACAUUUGAAUGGGAUUUAGCAUGUGGAAUUCCAGGGGCUUUCAUUAUUAAGAACUUUCAUCAAAAGGAGUUCUAUCUAAAGACACUUACACUUGAUGAUGUUCCUGGCCAUGGCCGAGUACACUUCAUUUGCAAUUCAUGGAUUUAUCCUGAUAAGUACUACAGAAGAGAUCGUAUUUUCUUCUCCAAUGAGACUUACCUACCACACCAGACGCCAGCAGCUCUUUGUUAUUAUCGUGAAGAAGAGAUGGAAAACCUCAGAGGAAAUGGAACGGGGAUGUUGGAGAAAUGGGACAGGGUAUACGAUUAUGAUGUAUAUAAUGAUUUGGCUGAUCCUGAUAAAGGUCCAAAGUACGAGCGGAAGAUUCUUGGAGGAUCUGCUGAGUACCCUUAUCCUCGUCGAGGGAGAACAGGCCGGCUGCCUGCACAAACAGAUCCUAAAUGUGAAAGCCGGCUGCCACUGUCUAAAAGCUUUGAGAUUUAUGUUCCUUGUGAUGAGAGGUUCAAUCAGCUGAAGAUGUCAGAUUUUUCAGGAUUUGCAUUGAAGUUAUUGUCUCAAUUCUCUCACGCUGAGCUUGAUGCUUCUAGCUUUACCGAGUUUGACACGUUUGCAGAUGAACUUAAAAUAUAUGAUGAUGGACGUAAGUUUCCUUUUGAAUCUCUUGUUCGUAUGAUAAGGGACAUUGUUCCAUGGGAACUGCUGAAAGAGUUACUUCGAUCCGAUGGUGAACAUCUCCGUAAGUUCCCAAUGCCACAUGUUAUCAAAGAAGAUAAAUCGGCUUGGAGGACCGAUGAGGAGUUUGCACGAGAAAUGUUGGCUGGACUAAACCCUCUUGUCAUCUGUUGUCUAAAAGAGUUUCCUCCGACAAGUAAGCUGGAUCAUAAAGUUUUUGGCAACCAGAAUAGUUCAAUCACAGAGGACCAUUUAGUGAACAAAAUAGAUGGAUUAACUAUAGAACAGGCAAUCAAGGAGAACAGAUUGUUCUUAUUGAAUUACCAUGAUACUCUAAUGCCAUACCUGAGAUGCAUAAACACUACUACUACAAAGACUUAUGCAACAAGGACUUUUCUUUUUCUACAAGGAGAUGGAACUCUGAAGCCAUUAGCCAUUGAACUGAGCUUGCCACAUCCAGAAGGUGAUCAUCUUGGAGCUGUUAGCAAAGUGUACACACCAUCACAGGAUGGUCAUGAGGCAACUGUUUGGCAACUAGCGAAAGCUUAUGUUGCAGUAAAUGAUUCCGGCUAUCAUCAGCUUAUUUCCCAUUGGUUGAAUACUCAUGCAGUUGUUGAGCCAUUUGUCAUUGCUACAACUAGACAAUUAAGUGUUAUGCAUCCCAUCUACAAGCUUUUGCAUCCACACUUCCGUGACACAAUGUUCAUCAAUGCAUUUGCUAGGCAGACGCUGAUUAAUGCUUGUGGAAUUGUUGAGAUGACGGUCUUUCCUUCCAAAUAUGCCAUGGAAAUGUCAGCUGUAAUUUACAAGAAUUGGGUGUUUCCUGAUCAAGCACUUCCAACUGAUCUUAUUAAGAGAGGAAUGGCAGUUGAGGAUGCAAGUGCACCACAUGGUCUUCGCUUAUUAAUUCAAGACUAUCCAUUUGCAGUUGAUGGGUUAGAAAUCUGGUCGGCAAUCAAAAGUUGGGUUGAAGAAUAUUGUCACUUCUAUUAUGAAUCAGACAACGUGAUCCAGGGAGAUUCAGAACUCCAAGCCUGGUGGAAGGAGCUGCGAGAGGUGGGACACGGUGACAAAAAGGACGAACCCUGGUGGCCUAAAAUGCAGUCCGUCCAAGAACUAAUAGACUCUUGCACCAUCCUUAUAUGGUUAGCGUCAGCACUUCAUGCAGCAGUUAAUUUCGGGCAAUAUCCUUAUGCUGGUUACCUUCCUAAUCGUCCCACAUUAAGCCGAAGGUUCAUGCCAGAGCCGGGAACUCCUGAAUUUGACGAGCUCAAGACAAAUCCUGACAAGGCAUUCUUGAGAACAGUCACACCUCAGAUGCAGACACUGCUGGGAGUUUCCCUCAUUGAGAUGUUGUCAAGGCAUACUUCGGACGAGGUUUACUUGGGACAAAGGGACACCCCUGAAUGGACCAAGGAUCUAGAACCUCUACAAGCUUUUGAAAGAUUUGGUAAGAGGCUGAGAGAGAUUGAGGAUAAGAUUACUCAAAUGAACUGUGAUGAGAAGUUGAAGAACAGGUCAGGGCCUGUUAAGAUGCCUUACAUUUCACUCUAUCCCUCCAGUGAAAUGGGAUUAACUGGUAAAGGAAUAUCUAACAGUAUAUCCAUUUAAAGACUUCAACUAGCACUAAUCUGUUGGUGUUCCUUCUGUGUUAAAAGUUCUAUAAUCAAUAUUAGACUUUUCAAACUGUCAUAGUUGUCUUGUUCUUUGAUUUGGUUUUUUUUCAUCAUUAAAUAUUUGUAAAAACUAGUAAAUUCAUAAUACAUCUAAUCUUAUGCCUUGUAAUAUGGUAUUGUAAGUAUCAUCACUAAUGUCUUGGUCCCCCCUACUAUUAUUUCCCGACAAGACAGCCUAAUGGAAUUGUGAGAAUAAUUUUAUAAUAAUUUGUUUUUCUUCAUAAAUUUUUCUAAAUAGUAUUUAUUGGCACAUAAGGUUUGUUUGCAGCUCAUCAGUGCUGUCCAUGCUGACCCUAGUAUAUUAAUAGUUUCGUGAUUAGUUAUAGAUUCAUGACUUGACUGACAUAUUCAAUCUUUAAUAUACAUUUAAUUCAAUUAAUUUAUAAGGAUACAUAAAUUCAAAAGUAUUGGCCUCUCUUAAAAUAAUAAUAAUAAAUAUACAAAAUUUAAUAGAUCCCCACCUUAUCCAAAAAAAAAAAAAAAAAAAGGUAGUAGUA